CAGUACCUUUUCCCCUCCCGGCCGGCAGGGUCAUGGCGUUGGCCAGAUCUACCAGGCCAGGCAUGCCGUGACAGGGAUGAGGGUGGUGCACAAGGCGUACUCGGACGUCGGUGGAUGGAACAAGAGGGUGGCCGUGUGCCCCCCGCGCCUCACACACGUCGUCUACAACAAGAGCCUCCUGGCCCCCGUCACCAUGGAUAUCGACCCCAACUACCACCGCAUCCGCAAAGAGGAGCAGGAGCAAAUCAAAGUCCUGAACAACCGCUUCGCCUCCUUCAUUGAUAAAGUGUGUUACCUGGAACAGCAGAACAAGAUGCUGUCGACCAAAUGGAGCCUCCUGCAGGAGCAGACUCCAGACUCUCAGUCCAGCAUCAGCAGAACGUUUGAGGCCUACAUUGCUAAUCUGCACCACCACCUGGACACUCUGGGUCAUGACAAGGUCCGUCUGGAGGGAGACCUGCACAAUAUGCAAGAACUGAUGGAGGACUUCAAAAAGAAAUACGAGGAUGAGAUCCACAAACGCAAUGACUGUGAGAAUGAAUUUGUGCUCAUGAAAAAGGACUCAGAUGCAGCCUACCUGGGCAGAGUGGAGCUGGAGGCAACACUGGACAAUCUGAAUGAUGAGGUCCAUUUCCUCAGGAGGCUCUAUGAACAGGAGCUGCACGAGCUGCAGAUCCAGAUCAAGGACACGUCGGUGGUGGUGGAGAUGGACAACAGCAGGAACCUGGACAUGGACGCCAUCGUGGCCGAGGUCAAAGCCCAGUACGAGGAAAUCGCCAACCGCAGCAAAGCUGAGGCUGAGACCUGGUACAGACAGAAGUAUGAAGAGAUGCAGGUGUCCGUCACUAAGUACGGCGAUGAAAUGAAAUCCUCCAAAGUUGAGAUUGCUGAAUCAAACCGCAGAAUCACAAGGCUUGAGUCAGAAGUCGUCACCGUCAAAACACAGCGUACACAAAUGGAGACACAGAUCGUGGAGGCUGAGGAGCGUGGGGACACGGCUGUGAGAGACGCCCGCACCCGCAUCAAGGAUGUCGAGGCUGCCCUCCAGCGCGCCAAGCAGGACAUGGCACGGCAGGUGCGCGAGUACCAGUCCCUCAUGAACAUCAAGCUGGCGCUGGACAUUGAGAUCGCCACCUACAGGAAGCUGCUGGAAGGAGAGGAGAGCAGACUGGUACAUGGCAUCCAAGCCAUCCAGGUCACCCAGAACCAAUACAGGAACUACCACUCCUACCCGAUGGAGACCUCGGGCUCGACCCUUGACCUCCACAACUCAGGCAUGAUUGAAUCUUCGAGCAGUCACGGCUUUAGCUCCUCCUCCACGACCUCAACGACCUCGAGGGACAUCGCCCAAACUGUCACACUUAAGAAGAGCACAUCAGUUGAGCAGCUGAUAGGUUAAAAAACAAAUGAGGAAGUAAGGGGGAAAUUGUUCACACUUCCAAAUGUAUGUAGUGCAAUUCUGGUCCUGU